GACCAUAUAGCCGGAAUUAAACAUUUUUAUAGCACAAGCAUAAGUUCGGAUUGUAAUUGCAAAAUAUAAAUUAAUAGUAUUGUGCGACCUACGUACAUUUAGCCUUGUUCUUCAACUUCGUUUUACGGUUUAUAGCAAUGGUUUUUUAUUUUAAAAGCAAUGUUGUAUCGCCACCAGCCUUAAUUUACAUGGGAAAAGAUAAGCAUGAAAAUGAGGAACUUAUACGAUGGGGUUGGCCAGAAGAUGUUUGGUUUCAUGUUCAUAAUUACUCUUCUGCGCACGUGUACUUGAGACUCAAAGAGGGUCAAGCUAUAGAUGAUAUUCCACAGGCUCUCGUUAAUGACGCUGCACAGUUGGUGAAAUAUAACAGCAUUCAAGGAAAUAAAAUCAACAAUAUAGAUGUCGUUUACACAUUAUGGUCGAACCUUAAAAAAACACCAGAUAUGGAUGUUGGCCAAAUAGGUUAUUUUUGCGAAAAAAGUGUAAAAAAAAUCCGCGUUGAGAAAAGAGUAAAUGAAAUUGUGAAUCGUCUAAAUAAAACGAAAACCGAAGAUUAUCCAGAUUUACGUCGUCAAAGGGAAGGGCGUGAUGCCGAAGAGAAAAAGGAAAAGAAACACAUUUUAAAAGCUCAGCAGGAAAGGGAAGAAGAAGACAUUAAGCGCCGAAGGGCAGAAGCGGAAAGUCGUAGUUACGAUAAAUUAUUUAAGCCCGAAAGCAUGUCUAGCAAUUAUGAUGAUGGAAAUGAUUCGGAUGAUUUUAUGUAACAAUAAAAUAUAAUAUAUAAAUCUUUAUUCACUAA